ACAAGAUAAAGGUCAUCGGAACAUUUCACCAAAUUCCAGUUCUCAUUCAACUACAGAGGCCUACCAUUCUAGAACAUAAAGGAGAGAGUUCCCAAGCAUCACAAGGUCCUCAGGACAAACAACUAUAAUUGAUGAUAGAGAUAUUAAAACAGCUCGACCAUGACCAUAUCUUAAAGCUGUUUGCUUAUCGUCUGACCACAAUUCCCAAGUUUAAUAUUACUGAAUACUACAGCAACAAUCUACAGGAUUUCUUAGCCAACAAAAACAAGAACCAUAAAUACUGCAAUGAAAAGACUUUGUUGCUGUAUCUGCUGCAGACGAGCUCAGCACUGGAACAUUGCCACAGCAAAAACAUUGUUCAUUCCAACCUGAUGGGGGCAAGUCUGUUUCUUGUGAGCAAAGAGAAGGUCAUGCUAGGAGAGUUCAGCUUGGCUGUUCAAUUGAACAUAUCCAAGGAAAUACUUUUGCUUACCGAAGAUACACAAUCUCUGCCUAUAAGAUGGACUGCACCAGAGACUCUCAAAGAAAGGAAGGUAUCCCUGAAAUCAGAUGUAGCGAUGUUUGGGAACCUUAUGUAUGAAGUUCUUACACAUGGAGUGCUGCCUUAUUCUCGCGAAAACCUUUCCGAAGAAGAAUUUUUUUCACGGGCAGUUCAUUUCCUGAUCGAGCCCCACAGAGAAAGUUGUUUUAAAGAUGACUACUACAAACUUAUGCUGAGCUGCACACAUCAUCGCCCGGAACGAAGACCAGAUAUUAAAAAUGUUCAGAUUAGUCUUCAACAUUUCCUUGACAAUUACUCUGACGAUGAAGUAACAAGUUAUAGUUUUCCUAAUUUGCAUGAUGGUACUCUUAAACCAUCAACUCAGUUUACAAGGGGCUUACCCCAAACAAAAAAAGGCUAUGUAAUUCCUAUUUUGCCCAAAUUGGAAAAAGUAAUACAGGAAACAAUCCAUUAUUACAAAGUAGGUCAGUUUGCUUUGUUUAGGGAAACAGUGAGUACACACAUGUCAAGAAUGCUUGUGGCAAAAGUACAAGCAGGAAUUUUGGAUGAAAUUAUUCCCAGGGUUGAUAUUGAAAGAGUUAAAAAUAAUAGCAGAACAUCUUAUGUUAUUGACAUUUUACUACCUGCCAACUGCUCAGAAGAUUUGUGUAGUCUAAUUGAUAACAACCAGGUUGGUCAGUCCCCAGACAGUUGUCUGCACUUGAUACUCAAAGCUGCUGAAAUGUUGAAAUAUUUCCAUGACAACAAUUUCAUAUUGGGUCAGUUGAAAAUGUCUGAUAUAGUCAUUGAUAUGACCAGUGAAACACUAAAGAUUUAUCCCAUAUCGCUGAGGCAUAUGAUAUAUAAAACAAGUUCAACAGACUCAUCAUCUACAACAAGACAAUCUCCAUAUGACAACAUUGCCUGCAGUUUUGAAACAGAUGUCUUUAUUUUUGGACGCUUUAUGAAAGAACUUCUGCUGAAGGUUGACGCGAUGAAGAGACCAACUUGGUACUCAGAACCCAAUACAAUGGAUUCCGACUCAGUCAAUAUGGAACAAUUGAACAUGAACUCUUGUCCAGCAUCGAUGUACACUUUGAUGGACAAAUGUAUGCAAAAGAUGCCUCAAGACAGACCAAAGUUGUCAGAAAUUAUCAGGGAUGUUAACUAUGAGAUAAAUAACAUUAAAUUCUCAUCAUGUGCAUCACUGACUUCAACAAGAAAUACACAAUUUAGUUCAGAAGAUAUUGAGGGGCUGACUUCAACAAGAAAUACACAAUUUAGUUCAGAAGAUAUUGAGAGGCUGACUUCAACAAGAAAUACACAAUUUAGUUCAGAAGAUAUUGAGGGGCUGACUUCAACAAGAACUACACAAAAUACCAUUACAAGACACAAAAAAGUGUCCCAAAACCUUGAGGCAAUCAAUCCAUCAGUUCACUCUUCAUUAACCUCCUCAUUAAAAAGUGAGUCCUUGUCUUUUAUUCGCUCUCAGUCAGUACCAAGCGGACCCAAACAUCAAAGUGGCUUUAAUAGGUUUGCGUCAACAGAAAUGAUGGUGUUGAAUCCUUCAGAUUCUGAAGAGCUUUCUGGAGAGGAAGACACGCCAGAUAUACAAGUCGUGAACCAAGAGAAAAAUUUCUUCGCAUCUCAUGGGAUUGACUAUCACGACAAUUCUAUACAAGAACACGGGCCAGGAGAUACACCACCAACCCAUUCUUCUAGUAACCUUGCACAGAUUAAAACAAGUGACCCAGAAAUCGUUUAUUGUGAAAUAGCUCCUGCAUCACGUGAAUUAAUCUCCUUGGAUGAAACAUUUGUUAAGCAGGUAGACUGCCCAGAUCAGAAAACUAGUGCAAAUGUUAAAGUGAACAAGACUUCCACCGUCAAGAAAAUUUCAGCUUUUAAAAAGAUUCAAAACGAAUACGUAAAAAAAAACAGAUCGAGAAUGCAAAACAAAAAGUCAUUCCAACCUGAAGUUAAAAAUUUGCAUAAUAUGGCAGUUAUGAAACAGUAUCACUCAAGGCCUCUCCCUCCAAUACCAGAUGAAGAGAGACAGGAUAAAGGGGAACUAUCUACUGACGAAAACGUUUACCUGAUUCCCAGUAAAUUUGACACAGAACAUAACAAAGACUAUGAGAUUGGUCACAUUGCCUAUAUGCUUGGUCAUGUGUUUUCACCUACACCCAAGAAAGAUAUAUCAAAUGCUGUGGUUCCAUCAACGCAUACUGAUUACGAUGCCAUGGCAGUAGAGAACUACUCUAGUUAUCCUUACUUUGAUUGGCCAAGUCUAAACUCCAGCAGUGAAAGCUCUUUAUCAUUCAGGGAUGAUUUUGAUAAUUAUGAUCACGUACGUUGUCUCUCUGAUGACAAUGAAACAUCCAAAGCUGAUGAAAAGUUUUAUGAUGUUUCUAAGGAUGUGGCUGCACCAGAUGAACACAUUUGUUUACAAACAUGUCUAAGUGAUGAUUUGGCAUGUAGCGAGACGCUGUCAGAGAAUGUAAUUGUUAACUCAGGAAAUGUUGGAGUUUCAGCCUCUUAUAAUCAAAACGCUCUUAAUUUUAAAGACACUAUCGCGCAGCAUCGGGAUAUUUUACAGCAGAGUUGGAGUGAUUCUGGCUUAAAUCAUAAUCACGUUUCAGAAGACAAUGUUGUUUAUUCGGUAUGUGUUGCCAAUUCCGCCUCUGAUGGGGAUCUAUGCAGGAAAAACUGUCCUGACUUUUGCAACAUCUCAUCUCAUCAACAUGUUAUUCAAAACUCUUCAAGUGUCUUGAGUAAAACAAAACUUGCUUUAGCUACAUCAAAUGUCGAGGAAGUGGAGUCUGUUGCCUCUGAGAAAUAUGAUCAUCUUUCGAAAGCUUUUCCCAAUGACAGCAAUCUAAACAAAUGUUGUAUGCCACUAACAGAAGCUGACUCAUCAGAUGAUCAUGAUACACUUUCAACAAUUGUUUACUAUGUCUAAUAUUAAGACUAGUUAAGAUCUAAAUGUCACUUUAAUUCGCGUUUCCCAUAUGUAUGACUAUAUACUGGUGCCCUGCUUGGUAGAACUAAAUAUUUCCAAACGUUAUCACAUCACUUUUUUGUCUGCCUUUUCUUCUUUGUCCUGGUACUGCUCCCUUAAGGAAGAUCUUUGGGAGCCCCAAAGAUACAUUUUAGUUGCGUUUUCUUUUUAACAGUAGUUAGCAGGUCAUCGAGGGGUCCAAUCACUGUAAUGAGAAUAAUAAUAAUAAGCUAGUCUUUGAGUCCAAAGAUAAAUGAGAAUUGCAGUAUCUCCCGUGGCUACGCAGCCCCAUCUAUGACAUAUUUUGCUACACCCAAUGCAGUCAUAGCCGAUGUAAUAACCCCGUCUCUAAAACCUUGUUUGUACGUGAUACCUAGGAUCUAUCUAUAUAUACACUAAAAUUAUCGUAAUUAUUACAAAAACCCUGAAACACAUUAAGAUGCACUGGCGGAUCCGGGGCACACAAUUUGUAUACGAAUUUAUUACUUAUGUUAAUAAUAUAUACUAAUUAUUUAUAUUUCAACCUAUCUUUAGAUUAUUUUGCCCCCCUCUAGUAUGUUGGCCGUUUUGAUGGGGUCGGGAGGGGGCGAUGGUAUCAAUCACCCCCCCCCCCCCCAUACACUUUCGGGUGUGGGGGACCGAUCCAAUUUAUUUGUAAAAA